GUUUAUCUAAAAUAACGAUGAUCGUAAUCAACUUAUGACAUAAUGAUUAUUGUUUUCAUUAACCAUAUUUUAUCACAUAACACUAUAUCCGAACAUUCCAUAUAAAAUGACGAAGCCAAACAUCAACCCACGCAUUUGAACGCGGGCCUGAUUGUCUCGCGUUGCCAUGGUUACGGCGUCACCUUCCAUAAUGGCGACCAGAAUUUCGAAAUGGACGCGAGAACGAGGAGGCAGGAAAGAUUUUGUGGAUCCAACGCGCAAAAGCCACCAACCUCUGAAGAUUCAUCUGUCGGAAAUCGAGACAAGGAAGCUGCGUGAUUUGGCGACUAAGAGGAAAGAGGAGGAGACGAGAAACAAGGAGAUAACUCUCGAGGGGAAAGAGGAAUCGGUCAUGAGAAGGAGAAUCGAAAAACUGAGGGCAGAGUUACACGGCUUCGCACUUGAUGAGGACCAGCCUCGACCAGCUUCAGACAGAGGAGGAAAAGGAGUCGAAAAGGACGCGGGAGAAGGACAAAUAAAGAGGAAAACGGUGGAAGAACUGAGGCGGGAAGCGGCCCAGAGGAAUAGGAUCCUGAAUCGCGUCCGACGGUACAUUCCUCCGAAGGUCGUUCCUACGACGCCGAAGGAACGGGGCAGGAAAAUUCAUGCCAAGAUGCUUCAGGAGAGGGCGGUGCAGAUGAAGGAGAAGAAGAGCAGAAUAAAGGAGAAGAAAGAAAACGAUGACAUGUGGGGGGAAAUAGUCGCCAGGAAUCACGAGUUAUUCCAAGACGACCUUUGGAGAGAACAGUUCGAGAAGAUAGAAAACCGAGAUCGUUUGAAGGAUGACUUGGCUAAAUUGUGCGCCGAGCGGCAAGCAAGGGACGCGGCAGAGCAGGCGGAGCGAGUGCGCAUGCGCCAGAAUAUUGAAGGCAGUGACCAGGUCUUCCACCAGUAUCGAAUGCAUGUGCACAGACAGGCCGAGGAGGAGAAGCAGCGGAAGCGAGAUACUGCUCUGCGGGAGAUAGAGGAGAUCAGGAGGUACAAGCUGUCGGAGGCUGCCCGGGAGGACCAGCUGAGAGACGAGGACCUGAGGUAUUCCGCCUUCAGGAGAGCCUACGCCAGGAGGGUCAAGCAGAGGGUGCUGGAUAAGAUGCAGGGGAAAAAGCCCGCGCCCAUCGAGGACCUGGACGAGGCGGCAGCGGCGGCGUUAUAA